GAGCUGUGGGGGAGCGCUUCAAAAGUUUGGGUCUCUCUCACUCUGAGACGAUCUCUGACGGAGACUCGUGCCGACGUACAGCCAUGUCUGAGAAGGGCAGCGCCCCCACCUCCUCCUUCCUCGGGGGUGACAGCGUGGGCCCUGGGGGCGGGGCCCGGGCUUUAGGGGGCGGGGCCCGCGGGGCCCUGCAGGGGUUGGGGCGGAGCCUGCGGAGCCGCGUGGCCGCAGUUCGACGCUUGGCCGAGGCGAGGAGCGCCACCUCCAGGCGCGUCACCGAGUGCCUGGGGAGGAACUGCUUCGUCAUCUUCACCGUGCUCGCCGUGGUGGCCGGCAUCAUCCUGGGCUUCGCGGUUCGCCCGUGCGGCCUCAGCCCCACCGAGGUUCGCUACUUCUCCUUCCCGGGAGAGCUCCUCAUGAGGCUCCUUCAGAUGCUCGUCCUGCCGCUCAUCGUCUCCAGCCUCGUCACAGGCAUGGCCUCUCUGGACGGCCGGGCCUCCGGCCGCAUGGGCCUGCGUGCCGCGUGUUACUACGCGGCCACCACGGUGAUCGCCGUGGCCAUCGGCAUCGUCGUGGUGCUCGUGCUGCAGCCCGGUGCCGGCGGCUCGCGCCACGGGCCGGAGGGGGGGGCCCCCGGGCCGGAGGGGGGGGCCCCGGGGCCGGCCAAGGUGGAGAGGGUGCAGGCUGCAGAUGCAUUCAUGGAUCUCAUCCGGAACAUGUUCCCUCCCAACCUGGUUGAGGCAUGCUUCAAACAGUUCAAGACCCAGUACGAGACUCGCCUCAUCCCGGCGCGUUUCAACCUCUCCUCCCCAACGCUGAGCCUCCUGGAAAACUCCUCCACCUCCUCCUCCACCUCCUCCACCUCCUCCUCCAUCUCCUCCACCUCCUCCUCCACCUCUUCCACCUCCUCCACCUCGUCCACCUCGUCGCCGUCCAUGGAGGAGGUGGUGGUGCCAGUGUCGGGCUCCUCCAGCGGCAUCAACGCCCUGGGCCUCGUGGUCGUGUCGGUGGCCCUGGGCCUCGUGGUCGGCUCCAUGGGGCCCCGGGGGAGGCCCCUCCGCGACUUCUUCGACUGCCUCAACGAGAGCAUCAUGCACCUCGUGGGCAUCGUCAUGUGGUACGCCCCGGUGGGAAUCCUCUUCCUCAUCGCGGGCAAGAUCGUGGAGAUGGAGGACGCGUCGGUGCUGGGCGGUCAGCUGGCCAGGUACACGGCGGCCGUGGUGGCCGGCCUGGCGAUCCACGCCCUCGUCGUGCUGCCGCUCAUCUUCCUGGCCGUGACGCGGCGCAACCCGUGGCCGUUCAUCGGGGGGCUCCUGCAGGCGCUCGUCACAGCGCUGGGCACCUCGUCCAGCUCGGCCACGCUUCCCGUCACGUUCAAGUGCCUGGAGGAGAUCAACGGGGUGGACCGCCGGGUGACGCGCUUCGUGCUCCCUGUGGGCGCCACCAUCAACAUGGACGGCACGGCGCUCUACGAGGCCCUGGCGGCCAUCUUCAUCGCGCAGGUCAACAACUACGAGCUCAACUUCGGCCAGAUCAUCACCAUCAGCAUCACAGCGACAGCUGCGAGUAUCGGGGCCGCGGGGAUCCCCCAGGCGGGGCUGGUCACCAUGGUGAUUGUCCUCACCUCGGUGGGGUUGCCCACAGACGACAUCUCCCUCAUCAUCGCCGUCGACUGGUUCCUCGACCGCCUCCGCACCACGACGAACGUGCUGGGCGACUCUCUGGGUGCCGGCAUCGUGGAGCAUCUCUCGCGUCACGAGCUCAUGGCGGAGGAGGGCGACGAGGAGGAGGCGGGGCUCAAGGGGGAGGCGGGGCUUAAGGGGGAGGCGGGGCUUAAGGGGGAGGCGGGGCUCAAGGGGGCUGGGGGGGGAGGGGCGGGGCUGCUGUUGCUCAAGGGGGGAGGAGGGGGGAGCAUUGCAGAGGAGGAGGAGGGGGGGGCGGGGAGGGGCCCCGGGGAGAGGGAGACGGCGGCUUAGUGGGAGGGGGGUGCACCUAGCCUGGCACCUAGCCUGGCACCUGCUGGGUGCACCUAGCCUGGCACCUGCAGGGUCUGUCUCGUGACCUCUUCCUGCACCUAUAGCCCUGACCCUAUAGAGUGGGCAGUAAUGCUAGGCACUAAUGCUAUGAUUAGGCACUACUGUUAGGCACUACUAUUAGGCACUAAUUCUAUGGUUAGGCACUACUACUAGGCACUAAUGGCAGGGUGAGGCACUACUACUAGGCACUAAUGGCAAGGUGAGGCACUACUACUAGGCACUAAUGCUAGGGUUAGGCACUACGACUAGGCACUAAUGCUAGGCACUAUUGCUAUGAAUAGUGACUACUACUAGGCACUAAUGCAAGGCACUAUAUGGUUAGGCACUACUACUAGGCACUAAUGCUAUGGUUAGGCACUACUACUAGGCACUAAUGGCAGGGUGAGGCACUACUACUAGGCACUGUUGCAAGUCACUAAUGCAAGGGAUAGGCACUAAUGCUAGGCACUAAUGGUCGAGGGGGGAGGGUUGUGUAAAGUGAUAACCACAAUAAAGUCUACAAACUCACUGAAA